UGUUCCCCAGGGAAGACUGCCUGCCACAUCAGGACAUUUGAAAGACCCAAAGAAAGGAUUUCAUCUGGGAAAGGGAGCAAGUGCUCCGAAAAUGAGCAUCAGCGUUGACCAGGAGACGGACUAUGCCGAACUGGUUCUGUAUAUAGGAGAAAUCACACAGGGAGAGGAGAAUAGGAAGACAAUGAAAGAUCCACAACCGAGAAGGAGGGAGGCCCACAGUAUCUCACAGGCUGUGUGUGCUCUGCUGAAUUCUGGAGGGGGCGUGGUCAAGGCUCGCAUUAAGAAUUCAAAUUACAGCUUGAAAAGAGAUGGAAUAGGACUGGAUUUGGAAAAUUCUCUUCUCCAUAUUGUUCAACUUCCUUAUAAAUACCGAGACUACAUGCAGAACAAAGGGUACUUUUUAAUUUUUGUGAAACAGUGGAUCCAGGAUACCUCUGGUCAGCGUAUCCUCACCUUGAAAACCAAUUUCUAUAUAAGAAAUUUCUCAACUUCAGAGGAACUGAAUGGUCUCAAAGCAGUGCAGUUCCUCAAAGACAAGAAGGACUCUGAAGGGAGAUCACGUUCAAAACAGAACUCGCCUGAAUCAUGUGACUCUGAUGAGUUACAACAUGAAUGCCUUGCCACGUUUUUUAACAGAGCAAAGUUAACCUACAAGGAGACAUUCUGUUUCAUUGAAUCCAAACAUGCAGAAGUUAAAAUGUCCCCUAAAGAAAAAAUUCUGGAGAUUCUUCCUAAAACUGUGUCUGCAUUCGCAAACACUGACGGGGGAUAUUUGUUCAUUGGUUUAGAUUUGAAAAAAGAACAAAUAAUUGGUUUUGAAGCAGAGAAAGCAGAUCUUGAGGAUCUAGAGAGUGAAAUAGAGAAGUGUAUCCGAGAGCUGCCUGUGGGUCACUUCUGUGAGGAGAAGCAGGAGAAGAUAAGGUACACAUGCAAAUUCAUCCCAGUCCUCAGACAGGGAGCUGUGUGCAAAUAUGUGUGUGCACUCAGAGUGGAGAGAUUCUGCUGUGCUGUGUUCGCUGAAGAGCCUGAGUCCUGGCGCGUGGAAGACAGCUGUGUGAAGGGAUUUACCUCAGAGGAAUGGGUCAAGCUCCAGAUGGAAGACACACCAGAAGAUGAACAGACCCUUCAAUCAAGCAGCCCACCACCAUGUCUCUGUAGCUGCUUUGCUACCGACAUUCCAGAGGUCCAGCAACAGAGUGCCUGCCUUCCAGUGCUGGCUAGAAAGGUGCCAUGCUCUCCAGAAGGCCUCCGCAUGGAGCUGUGCUCAGAACAUAAACGAUAUGAGCAGUUACUUCAGACAGAGCUAGCCUCACUUCGUCAAGGGACGCUGAUCAUCUCUAAGAGCUUGGCUUUAAGUCUGGGCUUACAGAAGAAGCAGGAAGUCAUCUUGGACGUGCUUCAUAUUUCCCAGAAGAGUCUCCCGACCCUGCACAGCUUUGUCCGGGGAGAGGAGGAGCUGGAAGGUGACAGCUCCGUUCCGAGGGACCUGGGCACUAAGUUAAAGAACGACUGUAAACAAACUGCACUGACUUUAAAGCAGAAGCUGGUAAAUCUUGGCGGUUACACUGGGAAAAUAGGUGUUGCGAUAAAGAUAACGUACUUGGGUCAUAGGGCAGUGUCUCUAUAUGAUUCAAGCUCGAUAAUAAGUUACCCCAGAAAUUAUUAUCUGAAAACCGAGACAGUAAGUGACUUAGAGAAAGCUCUUGUUAAAGUCUUAGGGAUAGUGGACUGUAGUAGUGACCAAUUUACUUCUGAAAUUGUAAACACAUAGAAUUAGAUACUUUACUUUUCGAGGAUUGUCCUAACUCAUGUUUGAGACUGCCUGUCAUAGGAAAUGGACUUUGGUGCCAUGACAUUUCACGUUUUGUAGGCUUUAAUAUUCUCUCAUUUUAUUAAAAUAUGGAAAAUAUGUGUUUGAAUAACUUCACAGGAAUAGAAACAAAAUUCUGGAAAAGGGAUUGGCCGUUAAAGAAGGCAAUGAUAAAACAUGGCUUUAAAUUUUUUUCCCUAAGCCAGGAAUGUUGCACAUGCCUUUCAUUUCAGAGUUUGGAGGAAGGCUGGUCAUCUUAGUCUAUAUAGAGAGUUCCAGGACUGCCAGGGGUGUGAAGAGAGACCAUGCCUCAAAAUAAACACAUACGGAAAUAAAAGGCAAAACCAUGUCCCAAUCUGCAUAGCCAUCCUUCUCGCUGAGGAAAUGCGUGGGGACUCUAAUCAUGGAAGACUCUCCCUAGAGAGGUUAGUGAAGAAAACAAUGAAGAAGGCAGUGUAAGGCAACAUUAGGUCACAGUGUUGCUGCUCAGCUGUGUGUGCUAUUGCUGUUAAAUCUGUGAUUGUAUGUGACAACCCAGGAAGGACUUUCCACAUGUCCCAAAUCACAGAGGCAAGGCACAGGGUUUGCAGAAAGUCAAUGGACACAGCUCACAGCAGCAAAUAGAAAAUACGGGAGGUUUCCGAAAGGUCAAAUACCCAUAGAAAAGGAAUACAAUUGCUCAUUGUGUCUUAAGAAAAGCAAUGUUUCUAUUGAUGUAAGACUUCAAAAGGUCUCUAUGGGACCAUAGCAUGAGCCUCAGUUUCUCUUUGUAACAUUGUUCCCUUUUGAAGUCUUCAUAGUAUGGUUUUAAGAAGUUGGUAUAGUUCUUUUAUGGUUUGAUGUGUGUAUAUUUUAUAUUUGAGUUUAUAUUAGAAUAUAAGUUGUUUAUAUUUUUUGUGCUUAUAUUUUGUGUUUAUAUUAACACCUGCAAAGAUGCUUACAGCAUUGAGUUUAUUUUUUUUAUUUUUUAUUUUUGGUUUUUCGA